CGCAUGGCUCAGACACACAGUGAGUGUGAGUUUACCUUAAACCCAAAAUUUGCAAGAGGAAGAGUCGGCCCAACCUACUGUCCCUCCAGCCGCUCCACACCAACACGUCUGUGAGAGGAGGCUGAAACCAAGAACCAAUGUUCUCACACAGCAAACUGGAUCCUAAUCUACUUCUCGAUGUGGGUUAUCUGUGUGGCCGAUGGGUGUGGAGGAAGUGUCGGUGCUCUUAACUGGCUUGAGCUGCCUACGGAUCUGGGAUUUUGAGUAGAGCGAACUACUGAAAUUUGUAAUUUGAUUACAAAAACGCCUCUUCUGUGAUCUUUGGAGUUCAUGUUGGCUCAAUAACAAAGUCUGCACCCGGGUGAACUGAUAAGGCAGGGGAAAAUCAAUUUAAACACUUUUGAACACAAUCUCCUCACUAUGGAUGUAGAGACCGAGAUUGUGGAAGAGAAAGACUGGACGGAACUCGAGCCCAACUAUCCCGUCAAAGUCUUCCUCACUUUCCUCUACAGCUUCAUCCUGGUGACGGGCAUUGUGGGAAAUGGAGUCACCAUCUGGGUGACACAGGUGUUGCAGAGAAACGGCUACCUGCAGAAGAACGUGACAGACCACAUGGUGAGCCUGGCCUGCUCCGACCUGCUGGUCCUCAUCAUCGGAAUGCCUGUGGAACUCUACAGCGCCAUCUGGUUCCCCUUCAGCUCCGCCUCGGGGGACGCUUCAUGUAAAAUCUACAACUUCCUGUUUGAGGCCUGCAGCUACGCCACCAUCUUGAACGUGGCCACGCUGAGCUUCGAGCGCUACGUGGCCGUGUGCCACCCCUUCCGCUUCAAGGCCCUGACCGGCCGGAGGACACAGUACCUCAUCGCCUUCGCCUGGGUCACCUCCGUCAUCGUCGCCUUGCCGCUGCUGGUCGCCACGGGAACGGAGGGCCACAUCCCCACGCAGGCCAGGAUGCCGGUCCAAAACCUGACGUUCUGCACCAACCUGAGGGAGCAGUGGGUGAUGUACAGGGGCAGCAUCUUCGCCGCGUUCCUGGUGUACGUGGUGGUGCUGGUGGGAGUUGGGGUCAUGUGCAGGGCCAUGAUCCUGGUGCUCAGGAGGCCCAUGAACACGUCAGGGGUCAACGGAGAGGAGGGCUCGUCCAAGCAGGAGAGCACCAGGGUCAAGAUGGCUCGAAAGCAGACCAUCCUGUUUCUAGGUUUGAUCGUGGCGGCCCUGACCAUAUCCUGGUUGCCCAACCAGGUGCGUCGCCUCAUGGCGGCUGCGUAUCCCAAGUCCCAAUGGACGCUGGCCUACUUCCGCAGCUACGUGACUCUGCACCCCGUGGCGGACACCUUCUUCUACCUCAGCUCCGUCCUCAACCCCUUCCUCUACAACCUGUCAUCCCGCCAGUUCCGAGAUGUAUUCCUCCAGGUGCUGCGCUGCCGCGUCACCAUUGAGCACGUCAACAAACGCACCGUGCGGGCCCAGGAGACGCUCUCGGCCCGCUCUCGGCGCCCUCUGAUGUCUUUGCGGCGCAGCGCGGCCAGGCGCUCCGCACAGAGCCGGGAGCAGCUCAAGGCUGAAACGCCAAACACUGUCCUCGUUCCGACAGACUCGAGCACCAAAUACACAGAGGAUUCUCUGUGCGUGACAGACGUGUCAUCUUCUUAUUCUACACGGAUAGACAACGUGCCCUCGGAGACUGAAAUUUAACUGGCAAUACUUUAACAUUUAUUGAAAUG